AUGGGGAUUACCACCCUCUCGGAAUCGACUCCCGACUAUAAGAGAGGACGUGUUGGGGAAGCCACGACCCAAUUGGCAAAAUUACCAUACGCCACGCAGGUGUCGCCGGUCAUCACAACCAACUACUGCCGGAUGACAUACAUGACAGAUCUACAAAGGCACUGUACUAGUACCGAAGCUGAUCAUCAGGGUGCUGAAUCAAGCAAUCGAUUUGCGACACACAAGAUCUCGUCAGACAUGAUCUCAGCUAAUCCACCUGUACCCCGUCUUCAUCUUCUACCUGGACUGGUCGACUUAAGGCCAUUCGAAGCAGCACAAUUUGCCGGGCCACUGAGGCAGGAUACUAAGUCAGGGCAUAUCGAAUUAGGCCCAACCGGUACUCAUUCAGGCUUCGUCGAGAUUCGGCUGAGUUGCACUCCGUAA